AUGGACGAGAAGGAUGUCAGAGGUUUCAUUAAGAGAGAUGAAUUUGAGCAGAUCAGUGUUCCAAUUUUGGAACGUGUGAAGAAGCCAUUGGCAAAGGCUCUAGCAGAAGCUGAACUUACAGUUGAGAAUAUUCACACUGUCGAGAAUGUGCCAUUCUUAGUCCCCACGUUUAAAGUGCGAGAAUUCCAGGUUAACGAGAGCUUCCCAUUUCCCAUUGCUUUGUCAUGGAAAGUAUCUGCUGCAGAUACUCAGAAUGGAGCUGUGGAUAAUCAGCAGAGCACCAUCGUGUUCCCCACUGGUAAUCCAAUACCUAGUGUUAGACCUCUGACAUUCUAUACAUCUGGCACUUUCGUGGUUCAUGUUCAACAUGCUGAUGUGAGUGAGUUGAAGGCACCAACAAAGAUCAACACUUACACGAUUGGACCCUUCCAAUCCACAAAGGGUGAACAAACAAAAUUAAAGGUCAAAAUAUGCCUAAAUCUGUAUGGUAUUAUUUCACUCGAGUCAGCAACUCUUUUGGAAGAGGAGAAGGUGGAAGUUCCGAUUGUAAAAGAGUCAGCAAAGGAACUGACCAAGAUGGAAACAGACGAGGCUGCUGUAGAUCCUGCUCAUUCAAGUACCACUGAAACUGACAUCAACAUGCAAGAUGCUAAAGGCUCUGCGGAAGUCCCUGGGGCUGAAAAUGGCGUCCCUGACGUGGGAGAUAAGCUCAGCCAGAUGGAAACAGAUGCAAAUGCAGAGGCUCUGAAGAAGAAAGUUAAGAAAACAAGUGUCCCUGUGUCAGAAUUGAAGCAAAAGAUAAGAAGAAUGCUGUUGAGGCUUAUGUUAUAUGAUAUGAGGAAUAUGCUUAAUGACAAAUAUCACGAGUUCGUGACGGAUUCAGAGAGAGAUCAGUUCAUUGCUAAACUCCAGGAGGUCGAAUAUGAGGACUGUGAGGAUGAAACUAAAGGUGUUUAUAUAGCGAAGCUCCAGAUGCAAAGUGAUCCAAUCGAGGAGCGAUACAAGGAGCAUAUGGAAAGAGGAUCUGUGAUCAAUCAACUUAUUUAUUGUAUUAACAGUUACAGAGAAGCAACAAUGUCAGAUGAUCCCACGUUCGUUCAUAUUGACUUAGCAGAGAAACAAAAGCUCCUGUUCUUUUGUCUGCGGACAUCAGAAAAAAAAACUGAAGCUCUUGACAGGUCUUGUAUGCCGACAAUGACAAAACCCAUGCCAGUGAAGCCAACUACUCCCAAAACACCCUCGCCAACAUCCUCUCAAGGAGGUUGUUCACAAUCUCAAGGUGCAGAGAACCCAAAUUCAAGUCCAAAUCGAAACCCUGGUGCAACUGAGACUACUGGAACCGGAAAUGAAGUAUCAUCACCUGCUGCAGAGCCCAUGGAAACCGAUAAGUCUGAGAGUGCACCCGAUGCUGCAUAA